UUUAUCAAUUAAUUGGUGGCUCAGCAAAAGAUUGUUUGUGGGGGGUUAUUUAUGGAAUUGGCGUAAUCACAACAAACGCAGUAGAAAAUGAAAUAAAUUUUGGAAUGGUGUACGGGUUGUAUCUGUUUAAAUCAAUGAAUUUUCAUCUUUUAUCAAUCGUGGAGGAAAUUGAAGUUUUGCUUGAAAAUGAUAACAAAAGUGCCGUGAAUGAAAAAACUAAUUUUGUGUGUGGUGAAUUUUUGAGAAUAGCAAGAAUUCACAGUGGAGUAUUGAAGCUCAUGGUCGAAUUUAAAGACUGUUUUCAAAUGAGCAUAAUGUUAAUUUUGCUGGAAAUUAUUGUUUCGCAGUUUAACUAUGCAUUUGUAUUACUUGUACUUUCGGAUGAUACUUUUGAAAAUGCAGGUUUUCUAUUUGUUUGCUCAUCAUUGGCAUUGGUAACGGCUUUUUUAAAUCUAUGGCUGCUUACUCGUAUUUGUGGCGAUAUAAUUGAUUCGUGUAAUGAACCAGCAGAUAUUUUAGGACUAUUACCACAGCAUGUUUUAGUAAAUGAUCAACUGGAAAAGAUGAUACAAAGUAUGAGUUUGAUGAUUAAGCAAGAGAAAAUGAUUUUGUCAAUUUACGGCUUAUUCGAUUUAGAAUGGGCUACAUCAUUCGUUGCUACGAAUACAGCUCUGGAUUAUUUAAUACUUCUUAUGCAAUAUGAUUAUUAUAGUUUUAAUUUUAAGUAUAAUUGA